AUGCGCGAUGUCACGCGCUUCAACCCAGUGUGCUUGAUUGGAAACUGGGCGGAAGACAGGGAGCUGCAGAGGACCAUCCUAAAAGACCUUUUGUCGCGGAAGGGCACCGGGACACUAAAGCUCGAUGCAUUCCGUUCCCGCAUGUCCUGUGCGCUGUCCGAGGUUGCUCUCACCCGGGUGGCUGAUGACCCGUACCUGCACCUCGGGGACGUGGUGCAGCUGGUGCAUGUGGACACGGGUUGCGUGCUGGCGGGGGACCCCGCGGAUGCGGACUCGCGGCCCGGCGAGCAAGCCUGCGCCGCCACCGCGGCCCCGGACGUCAGAGCUCCGUGCUGCCGUAAUUCCCUAAUCAUCCUGCCGUACGUGCCACCCAAGACCGCCACCGCGUUGGAGCCGCCGUACACUGACAAUAUCGUACACUACGGCCAAAAGCAGCUGGUGGGCUUCACCGCCCGGGUGGACUCGUACGACUGCGCCUGGACGGUGGUGACCCCGGAUCCCGGACAAAGGGCGGCGUCCGAGGGGGUGGAGGUGGCUGUGGGUGCCCCCAUUCUGUUGGUCCACUGCGCCACUCAGAAGCCGCUGUGCCUGGAGGCCGCCAGGUACCCCAACGACUACGGUAUAGAGCUGGAGGUGUCGGCACGUAGCGCCACGGCCAAUGGACUGAAAUUGGCCCUGGAGCAGCUGUCGCAGGGUGUCUCUAAGGGCUUCCUGCCCAAGGGCGAGCAGUCCGACAACUGCUGGACCUUCGUCGGGGGCAGCAAGGUGGCGGAACUGCCGCCGGCCAAGUCCUCUGCUGACGAGGCUGCUGCCUUUCUCGAGGGUUUGGUUUCGGAGCUGGGUGCCCGGCAGGGCGCAUUGAGCCUGCUGGAGAGGAAGCUGGUGACCCUGGAGAACAACCAGCAGCUCAUGCCGGCGGAAGACUUCAAACUGGUUCUGCGGCAGGUGGGCAGCCAGCUGCCCGAGGACGGCAUUGCGGUGUUGCUGACCCGGUACGCGCCGCCGGGGGCCCGUGUGGGUGCGUCCAUCGACGCGGGGCUCUUCCGCAACGACCUGAAGGCGGCCGCCACUGCCGCGGGGCUUCGAUGA